AUGGGUGGAAGAGGAAGCAAUGAAGAAUGCGUGGGAGGGAGUGGAAUGAUGGGAAAUGAAGCGAUGUUCAUUGAAGAAGCAAAGAAAUGGGUAAAAGUACUUGAGCAGAGACGCUUGAAUCAAGAUAACCUUGAAUCCUUGUCGCUUAACGAUAUCCAGAUCAUACAGGCCCAGAAGGGUUCGAUACUCUUCAAUCAAAUCCUUCCCAAAGAAUUAGCUGAUAGAAGAGGGAAUUGUCAUGUGGGAGCCAUAGCUUCCAUAAUCGAUGCAGUUGGGGCGACAGCUAUAGCGGCUUACACAGGGGACCUCAAAGUCUCUGUUGAUUUCAACAUUUCCUACUUCUCAACUGUUAAGAUCGAGGAAGAAGUGGAGAUUGAAGCUAAGGUGGUAGCACACAGAGGAAAGCUUUCAUUGACGACAGUGGAGUUUAGGAGGAAGAAGGAUCGUGUGGUGGUUGCUUUGGGUAAGCUAUGGCAGUCUCAAGUCAACGCGAUUUCAGGUUUCCGAACUAGGCUUUGAUUUCGACCUAAAUUAACUUCAAAUGGCCAGAGCCAAUAUCUUCUUUAUCCUUCAAAUUCUGAAAAUUU